AUGAGAACCUUUGGUUCAGAUGGACCCGUAUGCGAGUCAGAUGCAAACGACACUCAGAAUCGCAAGGGCACAUCCAGCAUCUGUAGGCCUUCCGUUCUGCGCCACAGAAGCAUCAAAGCGCUAGUGCUGGCGAAACUUAUACACCUUUCUAAACGUUUGCUGUUAGAAAAUACGCCAUGGUCGCACGGAGAAUCACUGAAAAUCGCAAUCAUCUUGCUAAGGAGCAUACCCCCGAGAGGCUACCUGGCAGAAGACCUGUUCCUGCUAUUCGUUCGCUUGCUGCAGCGCGAAAACUCAGUUCAGGGAGUUGAUAGCCAUAGUGAGACUGUUACUAAAGAGAAAUUCUUUCUAAAAUUCUUAUCAAUCGCCGGAUCCACGACGCCAUACCUGAGACCACUAGCACUGCUGCAUGGAGCAAGGAUGUUAGCAAAAAAUGCUCGAAUAUAUGAAAUGAUCUGUCAAAUUCAAAGGAACUGCACUGAGUGGAACCUAGAAAAGCACCAUGCAGCGCAGUUCUACAAGUGGAUAGUGAAGCAUACGGACGCUAUCUGCAAUUCUGGUGCUGAUUUCACUUCUGAUUACAGAAUUGAUUUGGAGCACAUUCUCAUAACUUGUGCGGAACUUAGAACACUACCGAAUGCGUCAAUCUUUCGAUUGUUCAUUGAAGCGCAUAAAAAUCAGCCAGAGAAGAUCUCGCGUGUGUUGGACACUUUUAUUUCACUUUUUCCGCGAGUAGACUUUUUAAGGAAAUACCGGGCUUACCAUCUCGCAGACCAAAACAACACCGAGGAUGUGAUCAAAUAUGUGUAUGCAUCGGGCUUCGGGGAAUCAAGCAUCGCCCUUGCCAUGGAACGGAAACAAGCUUUAACGCUCAAAGAACGGCUUCUCAUGCUCUUUGAAAUUACAAUUGCCGAACCAAACAUUAUGACAAAUUGGGAAAGGCUGACGUACCACCUUCUCACAGAGGCGCCAUUAGAUGACGUCUUACGCGUCAUAGACGACCUGUUCGCAAACGAACUCAACAGGGCAAAGAGCCUGUUUACCAAAAAGGGAACAUGGGCGUUUUUCAUAAAAGGGAAAUUAGUCAAGUACUAUCUGGCCGUGGCCAAAAUAGUGCUGUUCAAAGAACCGAACCUUUAUUCUGACCUUUACGAGGAGGUAAAGAGUAGAUGUACGCUAUUUCAAUUUGGCUAUUGUGUCGUAGACUCCAGAAGAUGUUGCACAAGAUUAUGA